AACUCGUGUCGCUCUGUGCCGGCAUUCCUAUCAUAGGCAGGUUCCGAAAAACAAGCAGCCCGUGACACUACCAUAAAGGUAUCCCUUCUUCUGCCCGCGGUGGAGAGUUCACUCCACUUUCCACACUAGAAGCAACCAUGCUUUCUCGGUUAAUCAGCAAAUCCUCCAAUCUUCGAUUUCUGACCCUAAUUUCCUCCCAAAUUCACCUUCAAAGCCCUAAUCCCAUCUUUCCACAAAACCCGUUAACCUCAAUCAAACCCAUAUACCCGCACCCCAAUCUCUCCAAAAUCCCUCAUUUCUACUCCACCAGCAACAAUAGCAACAACAACAAUGGUGAUAGGCAAGACUCGAUUCCAAAUCUGUGGCAGCUGUCGUCCGAAGCAGACGAUUCCAUCGAGUCCAUUUUCGGGGUAGAAUCGGAGGAAAAUAAUGAACACGUGGAGCAAGUGAAGGAAUCGGCAAAUGGGUCUGACUCUUGGUUGGCAGAAUCAUUGGAUUCGGGUGGCGGCGUUGAUGAUGGUGUUGAUAAAUUUAAAGGGGUGAUGGAAGAAGUGAAGGGUGGUGGAGAUGGUCACGAGGGGUGGGCAACAGCAGAGGGGUAUAAGCCGUGGAGUUUUGCUGGGGAGGAUAAGGAAGAUGAGCGGAAUUUGUUUGAUGUCGGAGGGGAAGAAGGAGUGGAGGAAAGAAGAGAAAGUGGGGAGUGGGGAUUGGAGGGUUCUAGAGGGGAGGAUUUGGUAAAGAAGAGGAGUGCAGAGGAGGAGAUGCAGCUGGAAAUUGAGGAGAAAGCUCUUACUGAUGUUCUUAAAGGUCCAAAUCGUGCAUUUGGAGAUCUUAUUGCAGCUUCUGGAAUCACAGAAGCUAUGUUGGAUAGUUUGAUUGCUUUGAAGGACCUUGAAGGAAUUCAAGGACUUCCUCCGCUGCGAGAAAUUGAAGAUAUGCGGUAUGCAAAGAGUACAAGAAAAUCCGCAAGAGCUGAAAUCGAGCGCCAGAAGCAGGAGGAGGCUGCAAAGGCGCGAGUCAGGCAAGUAGAUGAUAAGGGAAGGGCAUAUGGGACAGGAAGGAGGAAAUGCAGUAUAGCUCGAGUAUGGGUUCUACCUGGUGAUGGUAAAUUUGUAGUGAAUGACAAAGAGUUCGAUGUCUAUUUCCCAAUGCUUGAUCAUCGAGCUGCCCUUCUUCGACCUUUCUCUGAAACUAAGACAUUGGGUAUGUGGGACGUGAGUUGCACUGUAAAAGGGGGUGGUGUAUCAGGUCAGGUUGGUGCUAUUCAAUUGGGCGUCAGCCGGGCACUGCAAAACUGGGCACCAGAUUUACGUCCUCCUUUGAGAGAAGGUGGUUUUUUGACACGGGAUUCGAGGGUUGUUGAAAGGAAAAAGCCUGGAAAAGCAAAAGCAAGAAAGAGCUUCCAGUGGGUCAAGCGUUAGAGCAAGUCUUGCCUAUGUCACGGUUUCGUUGCUACAAUACGUUGACAUAAAAUUAAAUUGGACGCCUGAUACGUAGUUUAGCUUGUAACUGGAGUGUUCAAUGGCAGCGCAUGGGCAUUGAUGUGAUUGUCAAAGCAAUUUGUUCAUUUUAUUAAUGUUCGCCUGCACCCAUCACCCUGGAAACCCCCCAGCUGGUUUUGGUUGUCAAACAAGUCAGUGAAAUAGUUGAAUGCUGUCAUUUUUUGUACCAAUUUUAACCUGUUGCUUAAAGCAAUGUUUUGGCGAGACAACUGAAUUGCUGCUGUUUAACUGGAAAUGGAUUUUUCCAGUUUGAUAGUGUAUUCAACUUCUUCCUCAGUUCUAUUC